AUGAUUGUCAACCAUAAAUGGGAUUCUACAAAUGAUGAAACAAACAAGUUAAAUUAUUUAUUUGAAAAUAGUUCUUUAUUACCAUCAGAUUUGAUAGAUUAUCCUAAUCAAAUUGGUGGUCAUGGCCUACUAUUUGGAAAUAAAUGUAAAAGAAUUCGUCUAUUUCUUGGUUCAAAUCAACCACGUGCUAGUCGAUUAGCUAAACAAUUCGUUCGAAAAUUGUCAGAAUUAGCUCAUUGGUUUGAAAAUCAAUCAACUUAUCAUUUCUAUGCUAGUUCAUUAUUAUUAGCCUAUGAUACUGUCGCCUUGAAUAGUUCUCCUCCUACUCCUGCCUAUCAGCAUCAUCAACAGCAACAGCAGCCGCUGAAACAUUCACACUGUAUUAACGAUUGUACACAACUAGACGAACCUACUGAACCAUUCACCACCUCGUCAUCAUCGUCAGUAGCAGUAAACGCAGUAGUUGACAGUAUGGCAACCAAUAAUAGUAAUAAUAAUGAGACAACGGCAACCGUAACAUCAUCAUUAUCAUCAGGUGAUGAAGAACAAGACAUACAAGAGGAAGAUCAUGUCUUAGUGUAUUUGAUUGAUUUCACCCGUUGGGAAUUAAUGUCCAAUUCGAAUAAAAUGAAAGAUGAAAAUUUUUUAUAUGGUUUAAAUUAUUUAAUUAGUUUAUUUAAACGUGCAUCAGUUGAAUCGACCACCACGACCACGACCACCAUCACCACUAUUGAUUGACAAUAAAAAGUUUUGUAUUUUUGUGUAAAAUGUAUGUAUGUAUGUACAGUAUAGUAAGUAGUAUAUUAAGUAGUAUAUGUAUGUAUGUAUGUUCAAUUUCUCCUUUUUUGUUUUCUUUGUUUUGAAUCGUGUUGUUAACAUUUUUAUUGAUGAUGAUGAUGAUGAUUAUUAAUUAUUUUUUGAUAAAAACAAAUAUCACAAUGUAUGUGUGUGUGUGCGUGUAUUCAAUGAUCAAUGAAUGUAUCGUGCUCAUUUUUUUUCUAAACAAAUUGUUUUUUUUUGUAAAACUGAUCCCCUCCCGCCAAAAAAGUUUUUUUUUAAAAAAUAUCAUAGUCUUUCACUAUUGUUAUUAUUAUUACUUGACUAUUCUUGUUUAAUUGUAAUUGUAGUAUGAGCGUUUCUUUUUUGAAAAAAUUGAAUUUUUUGAUUC